AUGUACACUUUCGAGAACGGGUUGCGUAAAGUAGCCCCUUACUUCUCCGAGUUCUCCGUCCGCAUAAAACAACGAUGGGAGGGGAAGACACUCGUUGAGCUUCAAACCACCGAGUUUGGCGAGCUGGCAGCAGUGGUGGAGCAGGCGAUCCGCCACCACCGCUUGUUCAUCGAGACGAACCAGGGGAAGAAAAAACACACCCAACAGACGAUCAAAGGGUGGGACUCGCUUGCCACGCGUCCGUUGGAUCGGUUUGACGUGAUCCACUCGCUACAACACCGCCACGAGCCUAGUGUGGGCGACUUGCCGUGGACAGUGAUCCACGAAGACGACGAUUUGCUCGUGAUCAGCAAGCCUCCGGGGAUCCCCACCCACCCUACGGGGAACUACCACUACAAUUCGAUCACGGAAAUCGUCAAGUUCGACCGCCAGCUAGCGAACGUAUGGCCCACUCACCGGCUUGAUAAAGCUACCGCCGGGGUGCUAAUCCUCGCCAAAAACCAAAAAGCGGGCAAAUACUACCAACAGUUGUUUUCCGAGAAUAAGCAGUUGGUGACUAAGGAGUAUUUUGCCCGCGUCAAAGGCGAGUUCCCCCAAGGUACCCAUUUGGUCAAUUGUCCGAUAUUCUCGGUGAUGUCGACCCAGGGCCAUAUCCGGCCCGUCAAUGCCGAUGAACUUAUGGCGAACUCAUCCACCAUCUUCACCCGCGUGAGUUAUGACCCAACCCUGAACCAGAGUGUGGUUAAAUGUCAACCCGUUACCGGGAAAACCCACCAAAUCCGCAUUCAUCUCCGUAACGUGGGGUUCCCCAUUGCCAAUGACUAUCUCUAUCACCCGGUGAACGAAGGGUUUAUCAACCACGAAGUGAAUAAGCUCAGCUGCUCGAUUGAACUUGAACUCUACCGACGUCUCUUUCGCGUACACCCUGAGUUUGGCCAACUACAACUGGCCGAUAAGCUCCCGGAAGCAUUGCAAAAAGGUACCAUUGACCUCUACAGCAUCACCAACUGGUAUCACGACUCAGCACUAAGGUCAGAGGUCGAGAGAUUAAAGUCUCUCCGCUCGCAAUCAUUCGAAAAAUUGAAAGCGGACUACGAUACUAAAUGUCUCGAAUGUGGUAAGCAGUUGCUAACCACCGACCGAGACUUGUCGGAUCAAGCGAUCUGGUUACAUGCAUUCAAGUACCAUUACCAGGGGAAUCCCAAUAUAUGCUUCGAAGAUGACAUUCCUCUGUGGGCAAAACCAAACUUUAUAGAGUAA